AUGAUUUCAACAAUCGGCACAACAACAAUUCAAGCCGCGAACGGCGGGACUCUGUCCACAACAACAGCACCAAACUCGUUAGUCAUGAAUCCUACGUCAAUGUUAGUAGAGAUGAAAAACUUCAUUCCUUCUUCAUAUACUUUUGAAACAAAAAUCCAGAAGAUAAAGCAAGAACUUUUAACAAGUAAUUUAGACUGUAGUGCGAAAGAUGAAGAAAAUGAAGAAUAUCUUUAUGAAAUGCAGGACAUUAUUGACCAUUUACCCAAAUUGCCUGAAAUCCAACAACAAAAACUCACUAUUCCUGAAUUCGACGAAAU